GUCACACUUAGCUUCUACCUUCCAAAUCUACCGGCGGCGAAAAUGGUUUUCAAGAGGUACGUGGAGAUAGGGAGAGUUGCUCUUGUCAACUACGGAAAAGACCAUGGAAAGCUCGUUGUUAUCGUCGACGUUGUUGACCAGAACAGAGCUUUAGUAGAUGCCCCUGACAUGGAGAGGAUCCAAAUGAACUUCAAGAGGUUGUCUCUUACUGAUAUCGUUAUUGAGAUCAACCGAGUGCCAAAAAAGAAGGCUUUGAUCGAAGCUAUGGAGAAAGCUGACGUGAAGAACAAGUGGGAGAAGAGUUCAUGGGGUAGGAAGCUUAUCGUCCAGAAGCGUAGGGCUAGCCUCAACGAUUUCGAUAGGUUCAAGAUCAUGUUGGCCAAAAUCAAGAAAGCUGGUGUUGUCAGGCAAGAACUUGCAAAGCUCAAGAAGGAGAUCACCGCUUGAGUUUUUUUUUUAUAUCUGCGAAUCUGUUAUUUGUAUUUUGGGUUUUGGAUUAUCAACUCAGUUUUGAAACCUUUACAACUUUCAUCUUUCGUUUAAUGUUAAGAAACCUUUACGACUUCAAUGUCUCUACAACAACAGUAUUUCCUAUGAUCUAAAUGGUAUCGAAAUGAAGAUUAAGGUCUUGAUAUUUCCUCGU